CUGGUAUUAAAGCCAUUUCCACCACCACCCAGGGUCUGAUGCGGAAGGCUCUACAGAGCCUUGUUCUGCGGGCAUCUCCCGCCCCCGUGCAUCCCGGAGGGCCCUAGUGCGAGCAAGCCCUGGCUUCUCAGCCCCAGCCCGGGGGACCGUCCCUUGGACUAGGCCAGACCAGCGCGGAGGGGGCAGGUAGGUCUGGCACCCCGACAGCAACGCGGCAGGGGACCAGUCUCCCCGCGCGGGUGCAGCCGCAGAAAGCCGGGCGGAACGCUGCAGCCAUCUUCGGGGUGGAGGCGGAGAAGGGGCGCGGCCUUGGCCCGGAGCCGCCCCGGCUGAGCGGCAGCGCGGACUUCCCUGCUCCUGCGGCGCCCGGCCGGCCGCGCAGAGGCCGCCAUGGGCUGUGCGCGCUGGCUCGCGCUGGGCGGUCUCCUGGCCCUGGCUGGGCUGCUACAGGCCCGGCUACUGACCCCGCAUCAAGCAGGCUUCGGUGAGUGCGACCGCUUCUUCUAUGCGGGGACGCCGCCCGCCGGGCUGGAGACCGAGGCGCACGUGAGGAUCUGUCAGCGCUUCGCGGGUUCCGAGCGCUUUGCCACCCUAUACAGCCCCGGCCACCGCAUCCCCGUGUUUUCCGCGUUCCGCGCUGCGCGCCCCGCGCCUCUCAAUGCUGAGCAGCGCGGGCUGCUGGAGCCGCAGAUUGAUGACCCCGACAGCACCCUUGAGGAGGUAAUUGAAGAGGCUGACGCUGUCACCUCCGUGAACAAUCUGGGAAGCAAGCAAGCCUUGAAUGCAGACUAUCUCGACUCUGACUAUGAAAUCGGACAGCUGUACCCAUUCCUCCUUAGCAGUGACCUCAAGAUGUCCACAUUCCCACUCACAAAUUCAGUUCCAAUGACCCAGUCUUUCCGGGAACGGUGGCACAUGAAUCUUGACAGCCUCAUGGACCGAGCCUUGAUCCCACACUGUGGCGAUGGCAAAGACCUGUACAUCAUCACAGGUGCUGUCCCCUCAGACUACAGAGUUAAGGGCAGAGUAACUAUCCCAGAAUUCGUCUGGCUGGCAGCCUGCUGUGACGUCCCUGGAGGAGGCUGGGCCAUGGGCUUCACCAAGCACACCCAGGCUAGUGAUAUCAUAGAAGAUAUUAUGGUGAGAGACCUUGAGAAGCUGCUUCCUCAAAAACCCCAGCUGUUCCGGGACAACUGUGGGGAGAUGGAGCAAGACACAGAGAAGAUGAAGAAGAUUCUGGAAGUGGUCAACCAGGUCCAAGAUGAGGAGCGAUCUCUGCAGUCUCAGGAGAGCACGAGUCCCCUCGCCAGUGCCCAAAGCCAGAGGUCUGCCCUGCCGUCCCCAGAAGCACCAGAGGGAGGAGGCAGCUUUCUGGGGAAAGUUCUUGGUUUCCUUUUGACCCCAGUCAUCAAACUUUUCCAGUUAAUUUAUUACCUCGUGAUGACAGUCCUAAGGAAUGUACUCCAUCUCCUUUGGUUUGUGGCCAAGCAGGUGAUCAAUGGCAUUGAGAGUUGUCUUUACCGUCUCGGUGCAGCCACCGUGUCCUAUCUCGGGGCCAUUGGACAAGAGUUGGUGGGCAUUCCCUGGAAAGUGCUCAAGGUGGUGGCCAAAGUCAUCAGGGCCCUUCUGCGGAUCCUCUGCUGUCUGCUGAAGACUGUCUGCCGAGCUCUGAGCAUCCCUCUCCGAGUGCUUGUGGAUGUAGCCUCUUUCCCUGUGUACACGGUGGGGGCCAUUCCUGUCGUGUGCAGGGACAUUGCUGUGGGCCUGGGUGGCAUUCUCUCCCUCCUCUUUGGCACUGCAUUUGGCACCAUGGGUGGCUUGUUCCAGGUUGUUUUUAGUAUCUUCAAGCGGGUUGGCUACAAGGUUACUUUUGACAAUUUUGGGGAGUUUUAUAACCCAAACACAUCCUAGUGUCCGUUGUGGUAAAUUUCAUUAUUUUUCAAUAGAGAGCUAGACUGGUCUGUUUUUACAGCAGGUUUCUGUUGUCAGCUAUGGUGUUAUGUUCACCUGGGGGGAUGGGUUGUCUUUUUCUGCAAAGGAGUUUGGCACAAUUUAAAUUUGAUCUAAGAGCAAUGUUUCGGGUAGGUUCGGGGUCAUGGUCCACUGUGCCCUGCAAUUAUUCAUGCAAGCGUUCCCUGAGCAUGGUAACUUCAGCCCUGUGCUCUGACUCAGUUCAACACCUGGGCUGACCCAGGCUUGUUAGGAAACUAAACACAAGCGGGGAGAAGAUAGCAUUAAAAGUUAUGAGAAGUGGAGAAAGAAUCUUGUGCCUCCAAAUGCUCUUAGAGAUUUAAGGCAAAUGAUCCAAACAUUGUUGUCCAGUCUCUUUGCAUCUCCUUCUAUUCCUCCCCGACCCAACCAUCCCUGGCCAUGCGUCGGUGCCUGCUCUGCUGAAACCCCUCCCUACAGACGCAGCCUCUGCUGCGAGUUUGACCUUUACUUGAUCUCGAGGGCUUGUUUGAUUUUCAUUUUCUCCCAAAGUUGAGUUCUGCUAAAUCACAAUUCUUAUGCCAAAUAUGGCAUAAUAAAAUUUGAAUACAACCCUGAUUAGGCUAAGUCAGGUCUCUCCAGGUGUAGAAUGGAAAGGAGACAGCAGUAAGUAGGCGCUGUGUCCGAAGGCAUUCUUAGGGAGGCUUCAUCGACUUACAUUAAAUCUCUGGUUGACAAGGUUAAACACAAAGAUUUGCAUGUUAAUCUAAUAAUAUGAAACUUCAUAUUUCGCGACAUCUAAUGCAUCAAAUGAGUACUCGAUACCAUAAAGCACUCUGACUUCUCUCCUGAAAUGAUUGUUACAACUAUCUAGGUAAUAGACAAGAUGAAAAAUAUUCUGGCCAUCUUGGGCAGAACUAUAUUGUAUGUACAUAUUUAAAAAUCAUUGUCUCUUAGACCACUAUUUUUAUAGUGUAUUUGAGGCUAAAAAAAAAUAUAAGCCCUCCAUUAAUGCUAGCUAAAUUUGAGAGCUUAUUCCCGAUUUGAUCAAUCACUUGUAAUUUUAAAUCUUGCGCUAAAAAUUAUAACAAAGGGAACCAAACCGGCUUUGUGGGAACCAAGCAUUCCCACGGUGGGAAUGGAUUGUCUAGUAUUUUCCUGAGUGUUCCAGAGAGUUGCUGUGAAGAGGAAAAGGGCCGAGUGUGGACUUAACUGGGGGAUGUACCGGUUGGCCGGAAGUAAGCUGUAAGAACUAGGAGUCCAAAAAGAAAGCAAAAAGGGAACAGUACAUCAGCUGUUCCCAGAAAGCAGUGGCAUAUGAGAACCUGGGUGUAGCAAGAACCAAGUUUUGCAGAUGAUUUGAGUCACGCCAGAGAGAACUAGCAGCCUGCAAACUUCCAUGCGAUCGUAAUCUGGAAUCUGGACCACGGACCUCGCUUGGGUAGAUGCCUACUGUUGAAAGACUUGGAGCAGCAUUUGCCAGGAGUUUUCACUGUGUAAAUGGGAAUGCGAAGGCUUGUGUUGGCACUGGUGGGUCAUGAAAGGGACUCUCAGAAGUUGCCAGAGAAGCAAUCUGGCUAAACCCUCAAUUUUUUUUUUUUUUUUUUUUUUUUUAGGUCUCAGAGGCACAAGGAGACUGUAGACUUGGUUUUGUUAGCAGGGUCAGCUGGAAGCAGGUUGUGACGAGCUAAGAUGCCCCAUCACACAGGUGUGCCCCCUGAGUAGGAUUUUAUCCCCCGCCAAAGACUCCAGACUCUGCAUCAUCAGUUGAAUUUGGCAGGUUAAUGGAACGCCAGGAAUCCACGCAAGACUGCAUCUCAUGCGGCCCUCUUUCCCUUUUAGUGAAUAUUUGCAUUCUGAGAGGCCCUAGCAGGGUACCCAUGGCAUCUGAGCCCCUUUCAGGGAACCAUUGGAACUGUCCCCAUAUUCAGAUGUCUGGUUAUUUAUUUUUGUGUGGCUUUUUUUAAUAUGGGAAAGGAUAAGAAGACAAACAUAUCAUUCGGGUUAGAGAACUGAGACCCUUCAUUCUGGAGUUUCUUGUUGGUAGGGCCUGGGAGUCACUGGAACCAGCUGCACGUGGCUCUGAACUCCUCCAGGUCACUGGGCUGCUGGUCCAUUCCCAGUAGGUUACGUGGGGUUCUGGGGUGGGAGUUUAGGAGGCUAAGCCUUCAGUUUGGAGCUUUGGCUGUGGCUUCAUUCUGUUCUCAGGUCCUAGGGGGAUGGUGGCUGACUCUCACUCACGGAGCUGUAUUUUCGGCCAUGUUCUUGGAUGCACCCUCUGCCUUUGUGCCUUCUCCACCCAAUGCUAACUUGGGAAUGGAAGGAUCCUUGGUCUUCAUUCACCCAGCCCCCUAGCAAACAUGCAUUCGGUCAUCAAGGUUGCAGGGGUGGAAAAAGCUCCAUCCACAAGGAGUUCCCAGGAUGGUGGGGAAACAGGUAAUACAGCCCAUGCUGUGACCGGUCACAACAAGCACCAUGCUGAGGAUAUUUGCCCUGGUCCCUGGAGCACAGGAAGAAAACCUGCAGGAUGGGGAAUGAAGGACGCCGUUGCAGAGGCUUUGGCCACAUCAAGCUAUGUACAAUGCUCUGCGCCCUGUAGAUGCUCAAUAAAGUCAUUGUUGAUAGCGCAGUGGUUCCGUGGGGUUCAUGG